AUAGCAUCUUUGGCUCCAGCCCUCAAAAUCUUGAAAAAGAAAAAGUUACUACUCUCUUUGAAAUUUUGCAAAAAUGGCCACAAAAGAAAUGGAAGUAGUGAGGAAUUUGGAUAUUGAAAAAUACAUGGGGAGAUGGUAUGAAAUUGCUUCAUUUCCCUCAAUAACUCAGCCCAAAAAUGGAGAGAACACUAGGGCCACUUACACUUUAAACCAAGAUGGAACAGUACAUGUAUUAAAUGAAACAUGGACUAAUGGAAAAAGAGCUUCAAUUGAAGGCAGUGCUUAUAAAGCUGAUCCUAAAAGUGAUGAAGCAAAACUUAAAGUGAAAUUUUAUGUUCCUCCGUUCUUACCAAUAAUUCCAGUUACUGCUGAUUAUUGGGUUCUUUAUAUUGAUGAUGGUUAUCAAUAUGUUUUGGUUGGUCAGCCUAGUAAGAAGUCUCUUUGGAUAUUAUGUAGGCAAACACAUCUUGAUGAAGAGAUAUACAACCAACUUAUUGAGAAGGCUAAAGAAGUAGGGUAUGAUGUGAGCAAACUUCACAAGACACCUCAAUCUGAUCCUCCACCAGGUGAAGAGGCCCCAAAGGACAAAGGAUUUUGGUGGAUCAAAUCUAUCUUUGGAAAAUAAUCAUAUCAGUAAAUAUGUUUUUAAUAAAAAAGGAUCUUCUACCAAUGUAAACAAUCAUGAAAAGUUGUAUUGUAAAAAAGAGUGUUGUUAGUUUUCGUUCCAAAUGUUUAAGGUUGUUCUUCUAGAACCUUGUAAAGUUGAUAAUAGUGGUGUGUGUGCUCUUGUAAGAGUUUGUUGUCAAUUUUGCAUUUGAAUUUUAUGGAUGAGAUGUUGAAUGUUA